AUAAAACUGAAAGUUGCCUUCAUGUCCAUUGUAUUAUGUCAAGUAAAUUUACCAAGAAACACAUAGAGUGUGGCAUUCAUUAAAAGUUGUAUAUAUUAACUACUUGAAAAAACUUACGAAUAACUUAAAUAUGAGUAGCUUUUUAUGGAUAAUAUAUAUAUUGCUAAUCUUUUUGCUAAAUAUAGAUCAAGUAUGGAAUAUUAGUGAACAAGAAAAUUCUGUAUCAUUUAAUAUGAGUUCUAAUUCGUUAGAAUCAAUUGCGAAGUGGCUAUUGAGUACUUUUGAGAAGCUAGCCUUCCCAGGAAUCCAAAAUGAGACAGAAUCAGUAACUGAAGUAGUAUAUGGUCCCUUUUUCUAUGAAGUAGACAAUGUUUCACUACCUUUGAAUAUAACUUCCUUAACAGGUGGAUCAUUUUCUCCAGUAAAUCCAAAUGAUGCAGCUCAAUAUUACUAUGAAAGCUUCGUGACAGAGCCUUUUACUGCAGUUGAAGAAAGACUUCCAUCUUCAUUUGAAUCUCGUAAAGUUAUAAGAGGUGGAGUAGGGGCCCCAAAUGGCACAUAUAUUUUUUUCCAGGAGGAAAUACAGUUACUCUCAAAUGACACAAAUAGUACAUCUAUAGAUAGUAAAACUGGAGGAAAUUCAAGCGCAAAUUUGCUAAAUGGUAAUCCCAAUACAGAUUUUAAUGGAACUUUCACAAUCCCCUCAGGCAGCAUAUCAAUUAAUGGCACAAAUAUGCCAGUUGGUACAACAGCUUUUGGUCCAGUAACUUUCCCCAAUGGGGCAAUAUUACCCUUGGGUGCAUCGCUUCCUAAUGGAACUUUGUUAGCUUCCGGGACUGUAUUGUCACCAAGAACAACUUUACCAGGAGGAACUAUCUUUCCGGGUGGUGCUACUUUCAUAACAGAAAAACAUUACAGCCCGACUUUGAAAGCCAACACGAAUUGUUACCUAAUAGGAGCCAGUACAUACGGUUCAAAUUGCCAGGUACAACAGAUAAAGAAGUCUACUAGUAACUGCUGCUCAUCAAAUAUUUUAUGCUAUUCACCUGCAGGAUUUAGCAACAUGACUGCACUUACUAUUCCUGCUGGUUCAGUUCUACAACCAGGCUCAAAUUUGCCAAGUAAUUCUCUGUUAUUAGGAUCAUUAACUAUAUCAACAAACACAUUUUUUGGGAGUGGUGCUAUUCUUCCUGACGGGAAUAUCAUAAAUCCAAAUACUACACUUCCAUUUGGCACAACUCUCCCAAUAGGAACAUUUAUUGUAGACUCUAUUUACUUAGAAACUGGAGGUGUCUUGAUGGGUGGAUUGAUGUCUUUUGGUUCCUCCCCAUUUUCUCUGACAUUACCAAGUGGAACUCAACUUGGCAUGGCAGUUGUUCUUGGUGGUGGGUCGAUAAUAUCGGGCAUUACUUAUUUACCUGGUGGUGCUAUUUUUCCAAAUGGCACAAUUCUCCAAGCAGGUACUAUUCUUCACCCUUCAAGUUAUCCACCUGAUGUGAUAACAAAAACUUCUUUACUAUAUAAUUACAACCUUGGCAUACAGGAUAACCUUGAAUCUUGGGACAUGCCAUCAGGCACUGUCUUGCCAGGUGGACUCUCGAAUAGAGCUGCUUCAAUUAUUUUGCCAGGAGGAUUUCAUCAAUAUAGUAAUCCAUUCACUUUUCAGGAUUCAAUCUAUCAAUCAUCUUUAAAUCAACAGACUAUGGGUGAGAAAUAUACAGAUAAUAUAUAUUUAGAAAGACCUAAUUUCAAUAUAGAUGUGGAAUCUACUUCAGAAUAUAUAUCCGGAAUAUUCCAAAAGUCGGGGUACUCGAGAUUAAUCAAUUUCCGAAUGUUAAAUUACCAAAUUCCCCCAACUAGUAGCUAUACCGAUCUACCACAGCAGAUGUUACUUAUUGAUUCAGCAGUAUUCCCUCUAGGUGCAAGUACGAAUGGGCCUGUUUUGUACCCGAAUGGAACUGUCUUGACAAGCCCUAUUUCAUUUUCAGCAAAUACAAUUAUCCCUUCAGGUACAUUUUUCUUUGGAUCUUUAUUAACUCCUCUGGUUCAUUUCAAUGGUCCCGUACUUGUGUUAGGAGCUGCAGUACUACCUCCCUCCACAACUCUAAAAUCUUCAACUACUUUACCACCUCAGACUAUCCUCCCAGGAGGUGCUUUUCUACCUUUGGGUGGGAUUAUACCUGGUAGUGUUUUGUAUCCUUCGGGAACAGUAAUUCCACCUGGUACUAAUUUACCUUCCAGUUCAUUUAUAAAGCCUGGUGCAAUUUUGACUAAUGGAUUGCUAUUACCAGGUGGUGGAUACUUUCCUGGUGGAAUUAUUAUUCCAAAUGGUCAAGUACUCCCCCCAAUUACAGUUCCUGCUGGAACCAUAUUUCCCCCUAUAACUACUUUGUUAGGAUCUAUCACACUUAAUAAAGGAGGUGCUCUUUUACCUGGAGGAGCCAUAUUUGGUGGAAAUAAUACAGUCCCUCCAGACUCGCAAUUAUUAAGCGGAGCAAUUUUGUCCCAAGGUACUGUAUUCCCUGGUGGAAUAGUUCUACAAGCCACUACUUCAGUAUUAGGUGGUCUACAGCUUUCUCCACUUCAAACUUUAUCUGAAAUAGAUAUUAAUAAUAAUGAAUAUCAUCCAAGUAACAACCCUACAAGUAACUCAUCUAGUUCAAAUAAUCAAACGGUGGUCAAUAGCAUAUAUAUUACAGCACAAGUUAAUAUAACAAAUUUUUAUUAUAAUGAACAAUCUGAAAAUUCUUUUGAAUUCUUCAAAAAUCUUUUUCUCUCAACUUUGGCUUCUUCAAUGGGUGUUGAACUGGAUAUUAUUAAUAUAAUAUCACUAGCUCCAGCAGUGAAUCCAUACAAUGUCACUAGUAACAGUUAUAAGAAUCCUAGCUUAUCUCUUUGGAGUGCAGUCAACAACCAAUUACAAAGUGGGAUUUCUGUAAUUUUUGGAAUAAAAUCAUCUACUCAGUAUUCAUCUGUAGAAGAUAUUGUUGAAGCUCUGUUAGAUGGAGUCAUUCAAAACCCAUCAAGUUCAUUCAACCGUAUUUUCUCUUGGGUUGGGUUUAUGAUUUUAACAGAACGGUCUCCUAACUUUUGGAAUAGGCAUUUAAGAGGAGCACAAAGACUGAAGACGCAAGGUAUUCAUAACAUAUUCCGCAAUUCUACUGUGGAUGAAACAAGUGAGGUGGCAAGAACGCAAACAACUACAGUCCCCCCAUAAACUGCAUUAAUUCUGAAUACUUAGACAAUAUUCACUAUUUUAGUUUAUCCUUAAUAUUACUAAUUUUCUUUUUU